AUGAAUUUCAACAACGUCAAAGUUCCCAAGGUACCAGGUGGUGGUGCCAUACCUGCGUUGCUUAAGGUUGGGAUUAUUGGUGCGCUUGGUAUCUACGGUGCUACACACAGUCUCUACAAUGUCGAUGGAGGACAUCGAGCCAUCAUGUUUAACCGUUUAGUCGGUAUUAAAGACAAGGUUUACCCGGAGGGUACGCACCUCAUGAUUCCAUGGUUGGAGAGGCCGGUCAUUUAUGACGUUCGCGCACGACCCUACCUUGUUGAGAGUACAUCAGGAAGCCGUGAUCUCCAGAUGGUGAAGAUUGGGCUUAGGGUUCUCACGCGUCCCAUGGCCGACCAGUUACCUCAAGUCUACAGAACCCUUGGUGAGAACUACAGCGAGAGAGUUUUGCCUUCGAUAAUCCACGAAACUUUGAAAGCUGUGGUUGCUCAAUACAAUGCAAGCCAGCUUAUUACUCAGCGAGAGGCGGUCAGUAGGGAGAUCAGGAAGAUUCUGACUGCACGAGCAGAAAACUUCAACAUUGCGCUUGACGAUGUGUCCAUCACAAACCUGACAUUCGGGAGGGAGUACACGGCUGCCAUUGAAGCAAAGCAAGUGGCUGCUCAAGACGCUGAACGGGCUAAGUUCAUCGUGGAGAAGGCCGAGCAGGACAAGAGAAGUGCAGUUAUCCGUGCUCAGGGAGAAGCCAAGAGUGCUCAGCUCAUAGGUCAAGCCAUCGCAAACAACCAAGCUUUCAUUACGCUAAGGAAGAUCGAGGCCGCAAGAGAGAUUGCGCAGACCAUAGCAAACUCGGCAAACAAGGUGUACUUGAGCUCUGACGAUCUGUUGCUUAACCUACAAGAGAUGGAUUUGGAUGUGAAUGCAAAGAAGUAG